UUGGAAUUCAUUAAACGUUUUACCGCACAGGCCGACGUACAGCGGUUCGAGAUCCGAGAUCCCAAAUCCAAAAUCCGAAAUCCAAAAGCCCGAGCGCCCCACCGUCUUCUUACUCACACGCACACACUGCCGCGCAGCUUAAUCAGCCAGCAAAUAUGAAAUUCUUAGUCACCAUCGCCACCCUCUGCCUCCUUGUGGCCUUCGCCGCGGGCCAGCAAUACUUUCUGGGCCAGUUCCCAAGCCGGACUCGUUUUGGAUUCGAUCCCGUGGCGCUAGCGGGACCCUCAUCGGCCACACAGGUUCGGGAUCCUCGACAGAACAGGGGACCCGUCGUCUUCCCCCCAUCCCCACCAGACGCAGUGGACGAGUCCAGCGGCGUGGUUGUGGGUGCCUCCGGAUACGGCUUUGUGCCGCCCCAGCAAAGUAAUGCGAACCUCUUUAAGCGCACUGUCUGAACACAGAUAGAGAUAGCUGCUACUCCAUCUCCAUCUCACUCACACUCGAACAGCCACACACGCAAACACUUUCCUAGAAGAGAAAAGCUUUAUUAGUGCAAUAUGUAGUCGUGUUUUUGUUAUUUCUUUGUUAUAUUGUUAAACAAUUGCCCAGUAAUUUGCAACCCAAAACAAAUGUCUAAUUCGCAGGAAAACUCUCUGGUUAAAGUUACAAAUCUUCCCCACACCGAAUACCAAAUCUUCCCCACACAACUAUACAACACAACACUACACACCGAUUACCAGUAAUUAACCCAAAGCACUCGAAAGCACCACAAUCACACACUUUGCGCACCAGCACCGGAAACGGAAAUGCGUCCCUCUUAGCUAAUUGCAGACACCCACAAGCAAAAAUACACACUAACGCGGCACCCCCACUUCCCUUCCAUUCCCUUCCUAUCACCCCCCCCCCUCCCCCUCCAAACCGCCUAAUGUAAAGUUAACAUUACUUAGUUUAAUUAGCUUGAAAACGCUAUUGAGUUAUUUUCCACCUUAUUGUUUCGUUUUGUAUUUUAAUUUUUUAUUAUGAUUUUCGCUUCUUCUUCUUUAAUUUAUGUUUCAAAUUGGAAUUGUAUUAUGAUUUUAUCUUUUGUUUUUACCUUAUUUUAUUUGUAACAAAAAACGAAAUUUUAAAUUAUGAAUAAACCGACAAAUAUUAUUAAAC